AUGAGGGUCACAGAGAUUGUUAUUGAUGGCUUCAAAUCGUACGCUGUGCGUACAGUCAUCUCAGGAUGGGACGAAUCAUUCAACUCCAUCACUGGGCUGAACGGCAGUGGUAAAUCGAAUAUCCUAGAUGCCAUCUGCUUUGUUUUGGGAAUUACAAAUAUGUCGACCGUUCGUGCGCAAAACCUUCAGGACCUCAUUUACAAGAGAGGCCAGGCUGGUGUCACCAAGGCUAGUGUGACCAUCGUUUUCGAUAACCGGGAUACCGCCAAAUCGCCCAUAGGCUUCGAAGAGUAUGCGACCAUUUCAGUUACUCGCCAGAUCGUCCUCGGAGGCACCAGUAAAUACCUGAUCAACGGCCAUCGUGCUCAGCAGCAAACAGUACAGAACCUCUUCCAGAGCGUCCAACUGAACAUCAACAACCCAAACUUCCUGAUCAUGCAGGGCCGGAUUACGAAGGUCUUGAAUAUGAAACCCGUGGAAAUCUUGUCGAUGAUUGAGGAAGCAGCUGGAACGCGUAUGUUCGAAGAUCGACGAGAGAAGGCGGUCAAAACAAUGUCCAAGAAGGAAUUAAAACUGCGGGAAAUCGAAGGUUUAUUGAAGGAGGAGAUUGAGCCUAAGUUGGAGAAACUUAGAGCUGAGAAGCGAGCUUUUCUCGAUUUUCAACAAACACAGAACGACCUGGAGCGGUUGACCCGGCUGGUGGUUGCUCAUGACUACCUUCGAAGCGGAGAGCGGUUGCGAGUGACGGGCGAGGAAUGCGAGAGCAAACGAAGAAGGAUGCAAGCGCUCGAGGAGAACGCCGCCAAGCUCAAGAAUGAGAUCUCCCAUUUGGAAGAGGAUAUGAAACGGGUCAGAGCUGCUCGUGACAAGGAAUUGCGAAAAGGAGGCAAAUUCCAGGCUCUAGAGAACGAGGUCAAGUCGCAUUCGCACGAGCUAGUCCGGCUGACCACGCAAUUGGACCUUAAGAACGCCAGCGUCUCAGAAGAACAAGAGAAGCGAGAAACAGUUAGAAAGACCGUCAAGGAUCUUGAGAAAGUUCUCAAGGAGAAGAGGGAGGUCUACGAUAAACUACAGGCAGAAUAUGAUGCCGCAAAAGCUGAACUCGACGCCCAAACAGCCGAGGUCGAACAAAAGGAGGAACUGCUUCAGACAUUACAGACCGGCGUUGCAUCCAAGGAAGGUCAAGAAAGUGGGUAUCAAGGGCAGCUACAAGAUGCCCGUAAUCGCGCCAGUGCAGCGGCAACCGAACAAGAGCAGGCCAAACUUAAGAUCGCUCACCUGGAAAAGAGAAUCAAAGAGGACGAGCCUCGUGCCAAAAAGGCAAAGCAACAAAACUCCGGGCUCCUUGAUGAACUGGAAGGCUUAAGGGCUCAAGCGAAGAGGCUGGAAGCAGAGCUCACAAGACUCGGCUUUGAGCCUGGAAAAGAAGAGGCGAUCUACCAAGAGCAGUCGGAACUGCAAAGAGACAUUCGAGAUUUGCGCGAGAGAGCCGACGGGCUCAAGAGAAAAGUGGCAAAUGUCGACUUCACUUACGCAGACCCCCACCCGAAUUUCGAUCGAUCCAAGGUUAAGGGCUUGGUUGCCCAGCUCUUCACUUUGGACAAGGACAAGGUUCAGGCCGCUACUGCCCUGGAAAUUUGUGCCGGAGGCCGUCUUUACAACGUCGUUGUCGACACUGCGGAGACUGGUACACAGCUCCUUCAGAAUGGCAAAUUGCGCAAGCGUGUGACUAUCAUUCCUCUCAACAAGAUCUCCUCUUUCAGAGCUUCUGCGGAGAAGAUCGCGGCAGCGCAAAAUAUCGCGCCAGGCAAAGUGGACCUCGCUCUGUCUUUAAUCGGUUACGACGAGGAAGUCACGGCGGCGAUGAACUAUGUCUUUGGCAAUACCUUGAUAUGCGAGGACGCGGAUACCGCCAAGAGAGUGACGUUCGACCCGGCUGUCCGAAUCAAGAGUGUCACGCUGGAGGGAGACGUCUACGACCCAUCCGGAACGCUGUCUGGUGGUAGCUCGCCCAAUUCCAGUGGUGUCCUUGUCACCCUGCAGAAGCUGAAUGAGAUUACACGGGAAAUGAGAAGCAAGGAACGGCGUCUCGCAGCCUUAGAAGACACCAUGAGGAAGGAAAAGAAGAAGCUCGAUACUGUCCGGGCCGUCAAACAGGAGUUGGACCUCAAGAGCCACGAAAUCAAGCUGACAGAGGAACAAAUCAGUAAUAACUCGUCCUCAUCGAUUAUUCAAGCUGUCGAAGAAAUGAAAUCAAACAUCGAGCAGCUGAAAAAGGACAUCUCUGACGCAAAAACUCGUCAGGCCGAGGCAAUGAAGGAUAUCAAACGGAUCGAAAAGGAUAUGAGUGAGUUUAAUAACAACAAGGAUAGCAAGCUGGCGGAAUUGCAAGCUACUCUGGAUUCUCUCAAGAAGAAGCUUGCCAAGAACUCGAAUUCAGUCAAGGCCCUGCAAAAAGAGCUUCAGAUCUCGAGGCUCGAAUCUGAACAGGUUGGCAGCGAUUUGUCGGCGGCAGAGGAACAGUAUGCCGAGGCCGAGAAUACUCUGAAAGCUCAGAUGGAAGAGAUCCAGUCCAUGAAGCGCGAACAGGCCCGAGUCAAGGAUGCUCAUGACAUUGCCCAAGCGCAGCUUGAGGACGAGAGAGCUAAACUGACCGGUUUUGACGAGGAAUUGCGUGAACUCGAGGAGGCAAUCAAAUCGAAGAACUCCCGGAUCACCGAAGAGGGACUUGAGAUGCAGAAGCUUGGUCAUCAGCUUGAGAAGCUGCAGAAAGACCAGCAGGCAGCUGCCCAAACGGUUGCGCACAUGGAGGAAGAGCAUGAAUGGAUCGCAGAUGAGAAGGACAACUUUGGCCGCCCAAACACACCUUACGAUUUCAAGAGCCAGAACAUCGCAGAAUGCAAGGCUACCUUACGAAAUGUCACCGAGCGAUUCCAAGGCAUGAAGAAAAAGAUCAACCCCAAGGUCAUGAACAUGAUUGAUAGCGUGGAGAAGAAGGAGGCCGCUCUAAAGAACAUGAUGAAGACUGUGAUCAGAGAUAAGCGCAAGAUCGAGGAAACCAUCAUCAACCUGAACGAAUACAAGAAGGAAGCUCUCCACAAGACCUGGACCAAAGUCAACGGUGAUUUUGGUCAGAUCUUUGCAGAGCUACUGCCCGGCAGUUUUGCUAAGUUGGACCCUCCUGAGGGCAAGGAUAUCACCGAUGGCCUUGAGGUCAAAGUGUCUCUAGGCAAGGUGUGGAAGCAGAGUCUGACGGAACUGUCUGGUGGUCAACGAUCGCUCAUUGCCCUUUCACUGAUCAUGGCACUUCUGCAAUUCAAGCCUGCGCCAAUGUAUAUUCUGGACGAAGUUGACGCCGCGCUAGAUCUGUCUCACACGCAGAACAUUGGUCGGUUGAUCAAGACCCGUUUUAAGGGCUCGCAGUUCAUUGUUGUCUCUUUGAAGGACGGCAUGUUCCAGAAUGCCAACCGUAUCUUCCGGACGAGGUUCAGCGAGGGAACCAGUGUGGUCCAGGCUCUGACACCGGCUGAUAUGAAGUAA